CACGUGGGGUCGCCGGCUGCGCCUGCGGAGAAGCGGUGGCCGCCGAGCGGGAUCCGUGCGGGGAGCCGGAAAUGGUUGUGGACUACGUCUGUGCGGCUGCGUGGGGCUCGGCCGCGCGGACUGAAGGAGACUGAAGGCCCUCGGAUGCCCAGAACCUGUAGGCCGCACCGUGGAUUUAUUCUUAACCGAGGGGGUGCUGGGGGGACCCUGAUGUGGCACCAAAUGAAAUGAACAAAGCUCCACAGCCCACAGGCCCCCCACCUGCCCCAUCCCCUGGACUCCCACAGCCAGCGUUUCCCCCGGGGCAGACAGCACCGGUGGUGUUCAGUACGCCUCAAGCGACACAAAUGAACACGCCUUCUCAGCCCCGCCAGCACUUCUACCCUAGCCGGGCCCAGCCCCCGAGCAGUGCAGCCUCCCGAGUGCAGAGUGCAGCCCCCGCCCGCCCUGGCCCAGCUGCCCAUGUCUACCCUGCUGGAUCCCAAGUAAUGAUGAUCCCUUCCCAGAUCUCCUACCCAGCCUCCCAGGGGGCCUACUACAUCCCUGGACAGGGGCGUUCCACAUAUGUUGUCCCGACACAGCAGUAUCCUGUGCAGCCGGGAGCCCCAAGCUUCUAUCCGGGUGCAAGCCCUACAGAGUUUGGGACCUACGCUGGCGCCUACUACCCAGCCCAGGGUGUGCAGCAAUUUCCCACUGGUGUGGCUCCCCCGCCGGUUUUGAUGAACCAGCCACCCCAGAUUGCUCCCAAGAGGGAGCGGAAGACGAUCCGAAUUCGAGACCCAAAUCAAGGAGGGAAGGAUAUCACGGAGGAGAUCAUGUCUGGGGCCCGCACUGCCUCCACACCCACCCCUCCCCAGACGGGAGGUGGUCUGGAGCCUCAGGCUAAUGGGGAGACACCCCAGGUUGCUGUUGUUGUCCGGCCAGAUGACCGGUCGCAGGGAGCAAUCAUUGGGGAGCGGCCAGGGCUGCCUGGCCCAGAGCACAGCCCUUCAGAAUCCCAGCCUUCGUCACCUUCUCCGACCCCAUCACCACCGCCAGUCUUGGAACCCGGGUCUGAGCCUAAUCUCACAGUCCUCCCUAUUCCUGGGGACACUAUGACAACGGGGAUGAUACAGACGUCUGUAGAAGAAUCAACCCCCGUGCCCCCUGAAACUGGGGAGCCAUAUUGCCUCUCUCCAGAACCCACUCCCCUCGCUGAACCCAUACUGGAAGUAGAAGUGACACUUAGCAAACCAGUUCCAGAAUCUGAGUUCUCUUCCAGUCCUCUCCAGGUUCCCACCCCCCUGGCAUCUCACAAGGUGGAAAUUCUUCCUGAGCCUAAUGGCACGGUCCUAUCUGAGAAUUUGGAACCAGAGUUGGAGUCGAGCCCAGAGCUUGCCCCUCUCCCUCCCCCGGCUUGUCCCUCUGAAUCCCCCAUGCCCAUUGCUCCAACUGCCCAACCUGAGGAACUGCUCAACGGAGCCCCCUCGCCACCAGCUGUGGACUUAAGCCCAGUCAGUGAACCAGAGGAGCAGGCCAAGGAGGCUACAGCAUCGGUGGCUCCCCCCACCGUCCUUUCUGCCACUCCAGCUGUGGUUUCUCCAGCUGCUUCCCCUGCUCAGGAGGAGGACAUGGAGGAAGAGGAAGAAGAGGAAGAGGAAGGAGAAGCUGAGGGUGAGAAGGGAGGAGAGGAACCGCUCCCCCUAGAGAGCACCCCUGUCCCAGCCCACCUGUCCCAGAAUUUGGAGGUGGCAUCAGCCACCCAAGUGGCAGUAUCUGUGCCAAAGAGGAGACGGAAAAUUAAGGAGCUCAAUAAGAAGGAGACUGUAGGAGACCUUCUAGAUGCCUUCAAGGAGGUGAACCCAGGAGUACCAGAGGUAGAAAAUCAGCCUCCUGUAGGCAACAAUCCCAGCCCAGAGCCUGAGGGCAGCAGUGUGCCCCCGCGACCUGAGGAAGCAGACGAGACCUGGGACUCAAAGGAAGACAAGAUUCAAAAUGCUGAGAACAUCCAGCCGGGGGAACAGAAGUAUGAAUAUAAGUCAGAUCAGUGGAAGCCUCUAAACCUUGAGGAGAAAAAGCGUUAUGACCGUGAGUUCCUGCUUGGCUUUCAGUUCAUCUUUGCCAGUAUGCAGAAGCCAGAGGGAUUGCCCCAUAUCAGUGAUGUGGUGUUGGAUAAGGCCAAUAAAACACCAUUGCGGCCACUGGAUCCCGCUAGACUUCAAGGCAUAAAUUGUGGCCCAGACUUCACCCCAUCCUUUGCCAACCUUGGCCGACCAGCCCUUAGCCGCGGGCCCCCGAGGGGUGGGCCAGGUGGGGAGCUGCCCCGAGGGCCGCAGGCUGGUCUGGGACCCCGGCGAUCUCAGCAGGGCUCCCGAAAGGAACCACGCAAGAUCAUUGCCACGGUGUCAAUGACUGAAGAUAUAAAGCUGAACAAAGCAGAGAAGGCCUGGAAACCCAGUAGCAAGCGGACAGCGGCUGAUAAGGACCGAGGGGAGGAGGACACUGAUGGCAGCAAAACCCAGGACCUGUUCCGCAGGGUGCGCUCCAUCCUGAAUAAGCUGACACCCCAGAUGUUCCAGCAGCUGAUGAAGCAGGUGACGCAGCUAGCCAUCGACACCGAGGAACGCCUCAAAGGGGUCAUUGACCUCAUCUUCGAGAAGGCCAUUUCAGAACCCAACUUCUCCGUGGCCUAUGCCAACAUGUGCCGCUGCCUCAUGGCGCUGAAAGUGCCCACUACAGAAAAGCCAGCAGUGACUGUGAACUUCCGAAAACUGUUGUUAAACCGAUGUCAGAAGGAGUUUGAAAAAGACAAAGAUGACGAUGAGGUUUUUGAGAAGAAGCAAAAAGAGAUGGAUGAAGCUGCUACGGCAGAGGAACGGGGACGCCUGAAGGAAGAGCUGGAAGAGGCUCGAGACAUAGCCCGGCGGCGCUCUUUAGGGAAUAUCAAGUUUAUCGGGGAGUUGUUCAAGCUGAAGAUGUUAACAGAGGCAAUCAUGCACGACUGUGUGGUUAAACUACUUAAGAACCAUGAUGAAGAGUCCCUCGAAUGCCUUUGCCGUCUGCUCACCACCAUUGGCAAAGACCUGGACUUUGAAAAGGCCAAGCCCCGGAUGGAUCAAUAUUUCAACCAGAUGGAAAAAAUCAUUAAGGAAAAGAAGACUUCAUCCCGAAUCCGCUUUAUGCUGCAAGACGUGCUGGAUCUGCGACGGAGCAAUUGGGUGCCGCGUCGAGGGGACCAGGGUCCCAAGACGAUUGACCAAAUCCACAAGGAAGCUGAGAUGGAGGAGCAUCGGGAGCACAUAAAAGUGCAGCAGUUAAUGGCCAAGGGCAGCGACAAGCGUCGGGGUGGCCCUCCAGGCCCACCCAUCAGUCGUGGACUUCCACUUGUGGAUGAUGGUGGCUGGAACACAGUGCCCAUCAGCAAGGGCAGCCGCCCUAUUGACACCUCACGACUCACUAAGAUCACGAAGCCUGGCUCCAUUGAUUCUAACAACCAGCUGUUUGCACCUGGAGGGCGAUUGAGCUGGGGCAAGGGUAGCAGUGGAGGCUCAGGAGCCAAGCCCUCCGAUGCAGCAUCAGAAGCUGCUCGUCCAGCUACUAGUACCUUGAAUCGCUUCUCAGCCCUUCAACAAGCAGUACCUACAGAAAGCACAGAUAACAGACGUGUGGUACAGAGGAGUAGCUUGAGCCGGGAACGAGGUGAGAAAGCUGGGGACCGGGGAGACCGCCUAGAGCGGAGUGAACGGGGAGGUGACCGGCUUGAUCGUGCACGGACACCCGCCACCAAGCGGAGCUUCAGCAAGGAAGUGGAGGAACGGAGUAGAGAGCGGCCCUCUCAGCCUGAGGGACUGCGCAAGGCAGCUAGCCUCACGGAGGAUCGGGACCGCGGGCGGGAUGCUGUGAAGCGAGAAGCCGCCCUGCCCGCUGUGAGUCCCCCGAAGGCUGCGCUCUCUGAAGAGGAGCUGGAGAAGAAAUCCAGGGCCAUUAUUGAGGAGUACCUCCAUCUCAAUGACAUGAAGGAGGCGGUUCAGUGCGUGCAGGAGCUGGCCUCGCCCUCGCUGCUCUUCAUCUUUGUGCGGCACGGCAUCGAGUCCACGCUGGAGCGCAGCGCCAUUGCCCGUGAGCACAUGGGACGACUGCUGCACCAGCUGCUCUGUGCCGGGCACCUCUCCACUGCUCAGUACUACCAAGGGCUAUAUGAAAUCCUGGAAUUGGCUGAAGACAUGGAAAUUGACAUCCCUCAUGUGUGGCUCUACCUAGCAGAACUGGUAACGCCCAUUCUGCAUGAAGGUGGGAUGCCCAUGGGGGAGCUGUUCAGGGAGAUUACAAAACCUCUGAGACCCCUGGGCAAAGCUGCUUCCCUGUUGCUGGAGAUCCUGGGACUCCUAUGCAAAAGCAUGGGUCCCAAGAAGGUGGGGACGCUGUGGCGAGAGGCUGGACUCAGCUGGAAGGAAUUUUUACCUGAAGGCCAGGAUGUCGGUGCCUUUGUCACUGCACAGAAGGUGGAGUAUACCUUGGGAGAGGAGUCAGAAGCCCUUGGCCAGAGGUUGCUGUCCUCUGAGGAGCUGAACAAGCAGCUGGAGAAGCUGCUGAAGGAGGGCAGCAGUAACCAGCGGGUGUUUGACUGGAUAGAGGCCAACGUGAAUGAGGAGCAGGUAGCAUCCAACACAUUAGUUCGAGCUCUCAUGACAACAGUCUGCUACUCUGCAAUUAUCUUUGAGACUCCUCUCCGAGUGGAUGUUGCGGUGCUGAAAGCGCGAGCGAAACUGCUACAGAAGUACCUGUGUGAUGAGCAGACGGAGCUGCAGGCGCUCUAUGCCCUCCAGGCCCUUGUAGUGACCUUAGAACAGCCCCCCAUGCAAGACUCGGCCUUGAAGGUUAAUUGAGAACCUGUUUUGUGCCUAGCCAACUGUUAGAUGCCAGGAGAGCAGAGGUGAUAAAUGGUAAUGUUUUCCAAGUAUCCUGUGCUCCCUCUGCCUGGUACAGGGCUGAGCUGCUUUUCUUUGCCUCAGUUAAUCCUCACAACUAUUGUUUAGGGUAGAUGGUGUUCCCCCCUUUUCCAUAUUGGGAGACUGAGGCUUAGGUUAACAUGCCUCAGGUUAAUGCAUUUAGCAAACAAGUAUGUGCCAGGACAUUGGGAUAUUAGCAGUGAUUAAGUCAAGCAUAGUUCCCAUGUUGGCCUGGAGUCAAGAUGAAUGUUGGAAAAUGGGUCCUGCAAGGGUACUCUCUGGGAGAAUUUACCUAGUCAGAGAAUGAGUGGGAAUUGACACAUGGGAGCUAAAUGACAAAUGGGAGGGGGAGACGUGACAAGAAGGGACUGUGUGUUAAGGGAAGCCCUGAGGUAGAAAACAUGACACAAGGUAAAAACUGUUGAAGGAAUACCAGUGUGGGAGAGCACAGCAACCAGUUGUAUGUGAGGCAAGUUGGGUGGAGAGAUGGAUGUGGCCAGGUCAUGCAGGGCUGUGUAAGCCUUGGGAUGAGUUUUGGGCUAUAAUCUAAGGACAGGAAAAGGCCUUUAUGGGAUUUUAAGCAAGGAUUUAAAACAUUCUUUUUUAGUUUUUAGAUCAUCCUGGCCAUUAGUGGGAAGAGUGGUUUGGAGUGGGGUGAAUGUGAAUGUGGCGGGAUCAGCAGAUCAGGGGUGUGUUGGUAGUGACUCAGCCUCACUGGUGGCAAUGGAGAUGGGAGAGGAGUGGGCAGAUUAAAGACACACACUGACCUGGGGGACAGGUGAUGAGAGAUUGGAAGUCAUAUAUGACUCCCAGGAUAGUUUCAGCAGGUGAGGUGAUAGUGAGGGGUGCCAUUCACUGGGCAGUAGGGAACACUGGGUCAAGUUGAGUUUGGUCACGUUGAGUUUGUGGUUCUGGUGGGGGCUAUCAGAGAUGUCAGUCAGGUAGACAGCUGGGUAUCUGAUUUCAUUUGGAGAGGAAGAGGUGAGGGCUGGAGGCCCAUCUCUUGAACUGCUGGCACAGGGCAACACGAAGUCACAAGAGGGUAUAGGAUUGCCCAAGGGAUACAGCCUUGAGGAGGUAGAGGUCCCACAGGUAGAGAUCAAAGGAGGAUAGGACCCUAUGAACAAAGGACAGAGUGAUUUUAGGAGAGGGAAGUGGUCAGUAAUGCUAGAUGCGCCCGGAUUCCAUAGGAGCAGAUCUGAAAAUUAGGGUCUCUGGAGUGUGAAAACAUGGAGGCCACCCUGGCAGAAACAGUAUUUGGUACAGCAGGGGCAGGAUCUGGAUUGGAAAGGACAGAGUAAUACCUGAAUCAGGAGGAAAAGAAAACAGCAAGUGUAGACAAAAAUCUUUGAAUUCAACUAAUCUCUUGUCAAAAGACAGAUCUUUUGGGCUGUAAAGAGAUAGCAGUUGUAAAGGAGGCCUUUUGUGUUUAGAUGGGAGAAACUUGGGCUUGAAAAUACAGGGCAGAGUGGAUUAUUGUAUAGGGUCCCUGGGAUGGGUGUGCAUGGGAUUUGGAGAACAAGCUUGAGAUAAAUGAUCUGUUGCUGCCAUUGCUGUGGGAUGGGGGUGGGAGGCUGUCCGUAGGCAGUAGUUGUGGAUCUGAGGGUGUGUGUGUGCAGGUUUCUAAGUUUUGGCCAAGUGACUCACUCUUGCACAUCAGUCUCUUAGAUCAUGAGAUAAGCAUCCUGUCAGAGACCUAGUCACUCUGGAAUGGCCAGACACACAAAUGUCAGCAUGGUGGGUCAGGGCCUUAUCUCAGCAGUGGAGCUUAGGGGAGGGAUCCCUGGGAGGGGGUU